AUGUCAGUAGAGCAGUAUGCAACCACGUUUGAGGAGCUCUCCUGGUAUACCCCACAUAUUAUCAACACAGAGGCACAUAAGACAAGCAAAUUUGAGAGGGGCCUCAGAUCAGAUAUCCGGGGGAGAGUGAUGUUAGCCAAUUUUAUGUCGUACUCCCCAUUGAUGGACCUAACCAUGAAGAUUGAGAAGGAUUGUGAGGAGCAUCGGCUAAGGAAGAAAAGAAGAGUAAGGUCCCCACCAUCUGGCAAUUUUGGGAGGAAGGCUCGGCCACCACCUAAGAGAUACUCUAGGGGAAAGACUAAGCAGGGCAAUGUGAAGACCCAUAAGACUUUCCCAGGUGAUGUGAGGGAGAACCAGUGCCCGGCAUGCUCAUACUUUGGGAUGAGCAACCAUGUUGCAACUGAGUGCUACAAGAAGACGAGAGGAUGUUUCAGAUGUGGGAAGCCUGUCCACUUAAUCAAGGACUGCCCUAUGAUGAAGCUGGAGAACAUACUGAAGACUCAGGGUUUGGUGUUCGCACUCAUGGAGCAAGUGGCUAAGGCUUCUACCUCAGUAAUCCGAGGUAUACUCUUUGUUUGUGGUAGAGAGUCUAGGAUUCUGAUAGACCCUGGUUCUUCUCAUUCUUUUGUUGCACCUUAUGUUGUAUGUCAUCUAAAUGUUGAACCUUCACCUCUUGACUAUACUUUAGAAGUGUGCACGCCUAUGGGGGACUCUAUGGUGACUGAUACGGUGUAG